GGCGGGCUCGCGGAGCCGGGCGGCGGCGGCGGCCACGGCCAUGGCCACGGCGGGGGGAGAGCCGGGAUGCGCCGGGCAGGGAUGCGAGCAGGGAUGCGAGCACUACCGCCGGGGCUGCCGGCUGCGGGCGCCGUGCUGCGGGAAGCUGUACCCGUGCCGGCUGUGCCACGACGGCGCCGAGGAGCACCAGCUGGACCGCUUCCGAGUGUCCGAGGUGCAGUGCAUCCGCUGCCACCUCCUGCAGAAGGCCCAGCAGCGCUGCGAGGGCUGCGACAGCCUCUUUGGCGAGUACUACUGCGACAUCUGCCACCUCUUCGACCGCGACAAGAAGCAGUACCACUGCGAGGAGUGCGGCAUCUGCAGGAUCGGCCCCAAGGAGGAUUUCUUCCACUGUUCCAAAUGCAAUCUGUGCCUGAGCCUGAGCCUCCGAGGGAAGCACAAGUGCAUUGAAAAUGUCUCCAGGCAGGAUUGUCCAAUAUGUUUGGAGGAUAUUCACACGUCUCGUGUUGGAGCCCACGUUCUGCCAUGUGGUCACCUUCUUCACAGAACCUGUUACAACGAGAUGCUGAAGGAAGGUUACAGGUGUCCUUUGUGCAUGCACUCGGCGUUAGAUAUGACCAGGUACUGGCGCCAGCUGGACAACGAAGUGGCACAGACUCCCAUGCCCACAGAGUACCAGAACAUGAUGGUGGAGAUCCUUUGCAAUGACUGCAACGCCCGCUCCACGGUGCAGUUCCAUCUCCUGGGCAUGAAGUGCAAGAACUGUGAGUCCUACAACACUGCCCAGGACGGACGGUGCCGGCUGCCCUUGGAGGAGCAGUGACCAGGACACUUGGCUGGAUGAGGAAGACUCUGCCGCGGAAGAGGCUUCCCAAAAAAAACCCAACGCUCGUCAGUAAAAAUGUGUUCCAAGUUCAAGGAGCCCUUGGCUGCGUCAGGGAGGAGAGAGCUGAGGAGGAGAGCAGCGUGAUGAGCAGCUGACGCAGCAGAAGAUGUUUUGGGGGCAGCUGAAGGUGAGGGGAGGUGGAGGUGCAGCUCUUGGGGCUGCAGCUGCCGGGGAAAAUGGGUCGCUUUGAGAGCAGCUUUUUUGGAUCAAGCUGACAUCCGCAGAGCCGCGCGCCGGGACGGCGCGUUCCUUCGGGAGGACGUGUUUGCUCCAGGGCCUCGGAGCCGUCGCCGCGGGCAGCUGGAGAGGGGGAGCUCGCAGGAAUUGCACCCUUUGGCUUCGUGUGGUGACACCUGUGUGCACAGAAUUCCCCCAAAACAAGGCUGCCCUGCCUGCCGUGAUGAAGGGCCCAAAAAACCGAGGUGCAAGGCCCCCGUUUUCCCCUGGACACCCGUCCUGACCUGCUGCUGUCCCUUCACUCAGGCUCCUUUACCAGCUGCAGUCACUUUUACCCCCAUUUCUUCCUCAUUUUGCUUCGUUCACUGGGAAGGGCCAAGGUGUUGUAGGGUUUUAGACAUGUACACAGCUCGAUACUUUGAUUUUAAGUACCUGAAGUGAAGCACAUCCUUGACAUCGGGCUGAGCCUGAGAUGUUCACUGAAGCAACAUGAGUUUAGAGGCACUUGAGUAGUGCAGGGAACAAUUUUUUUUUUUUUUUUUUUUAACAGUAAAUUUCAUUGUGGGGAGAGAAUGGAGGGUGGCUGACUGCCUUAAAAAAAAAAAAAAAGGCAAAUAAAACCCCCAGACCUGCCCUUCUGCAUAUGAUAUCCUGCCCGAGGUGUUUUGCAGUCUUAAAUGUCACAGAAAGUUCUUGAUUUCUGUGAAUUUCACAUGCAAAUAGUUUACAGUAAUAAGAUAUUAAAAAAGCUCAGUUACUCUUCGUGUUACAACUCCUCCUUUUGUAUUUGUUCUGUUGUAAAACAAGAGCUUUUCUUAAUCCAACAGUGCCCCUUUCUGUAUGGAAUAUUUAGGAUUUGGAUGUUAGCUGUUGUAGCUUGCCUUGACUGGAGUAUCUUUUUCUGGAGCACUUUUCUCACUGCUAUAAAUAAAUGUAAAAUAACAUCUCUAUUAAAAUAAACAAAUUACACUGUG